UGAGCAGUUUGUUCGCCGGACUUCCUAGUUUGGCGGGUCCCCAGCGCCUCGCCUCAUCCCUCAGGCAGAGAUUCGCCAAUAACUCCGGUUACCCCUGGCCCGGCCUGAUGCGCGCCGCCCUAAUCGCGACGAUCUCUCCGUCACGAUCGCUCUCAAGGUCGCACCAAGUGAUCGCGUUUAGUUCCUCUUGCUAGACCCUGGAUCAUCGUGUUCUGUUAGAAGCGGACACCUAGAACGACCACAAUGACGACGAUACCGAUACUCAACAUUGAGUUCAGCGAGCUCAAGGAGUUAAUAUGGACGAAGUUACAGGAGCCGAAGGCUCAGCGAAAGUUAGUCCUGGUUAUCGUAUCGAUAGCGCUGCUACUCGAUAACAUGCUCUACAUGGUGAUAGUGCCGAUCAUACCCGAUUAUUUAAAGUAUAUCGGUGCCUUUGGAGAAGUCGACGAUGAUGAAAACGCGACGGUGCAGCAUCAUCAUCACGGUCAAGACUCGGCGACGGGAAUACUGUUCGCGUCGAAAGCUAUCGUCCAGCUGAUGGUGAAUCCGUUCUCUGGUGCUCUGAUCGACAGGAUCGGUUACGAUAUUCCCAUGAUGAUUGGAUUGUGCACGAUGUUCGUAUCGACGGCUGUUUUCGCAUGCGGCAGAAGUUACGGAGUUCUGUUCUUCGCUAGGAGCCUUCAGGGAGUGGGUUCAGCGUUCGCGGACACCAGUGGCUUGGCUAUGAUAGCGGAUCGCUACACGGAAGAGUCGGAACGCUCGAAAGCACUUGGUAUCGCGUUAGCUUUCAUUAGCUUUGGAUGUUUGGUAGCACCACCGUUCGGUGGUGCUCUCUAUCAAUUCGCGGGCAAAGAGGUACCCUUUUUGAUACUCGCAUUCAUCAGUCUCGCCGACGGUGUGAUGCUUCUUCUGGUAAUGAAACCGUUGAAGGAACAAUUGAAGGAGAGGCAGCAGGGAACCCAACAAACGAUCCCGAUUUGGCGACUGCUCAUGGACCCGUACAUCGCUGUAUGCGCGGGUGCUUUGAUGAUGUCCAAUGUCGCGCUGGCCUUUUUAGAACCUACUAUUUCGUUAUGGAUGGAAGAGAACAUAACUCACGAUAACUGGAAAAUGGGGAUGAUUUGGUUACCCGCAUUCUUUCCCCACGUGUUCGGUGUCAUAAUCACCGUUAAGAUGGCCAAACAGUACCCGCAACAUCAGUGGUUGAUGGCUGCCUCUGGCCUUGCGUUGGAAGGCAUGUGCUGCUUCAUGAUACCGUUCUGUACUGGCUACAAGGUUCUCAUGAUCCCGAUAUGUGGAAUCUGUUUCGGUAUAGCUCUCAUCGACACUGCUUUGCUGCCGACGUUAGGCUACCUGGUGGACGUCAGAUACGUCUCCGUGUACGGUAGCAUCUACGCUAUAGCCGACAUCUCGUACAGUUUAGCGUACGCAGUUGGACCUAUAAUAGCCGGCGGUGUCGUGGAGGCGAUCGGUUUCACGGCUUUAAACAUCGGCAUCGCGUUCUCGAAUUUGAUGUACGCGCCCGUGCUGAUGUACCUAAGGCACAUCUACGAUUUCAAGCCGUUCCAGGACGAGGCAGACGUUCUCAUGCAAGAUCCGCCGGACAAAGAGUACCAAACGUACGUGCUGCAAGAGCAGAGACCGCUCUCGGGCGAAGUUGGCAAUCAUCUGAAUCAGACGCGGAUGGAAACAAACGUGGAUCAAGGUUACGAUCAGAACUACCAGGCUGGACAGAAUUAUGAUCAGAGUGGAUAUGGUCAGAAUAUUAAUGCCGGCGGAUAUACCCAACCCUCGAUGGGAUACGAGCAGCCACCUAUGUACGAGCAACCGGCCAAUUACGGGCAACAGCCUACGAGUUACGGUCAGCAUCAGCAGAGACAUUACGGACAGGAGCCGCAGGUAGGAGGUCAGAUGGACGCGAACCCGUUCAGGAGACCUCCGAAUGUCGAUCAGAUGCCUUCCGGCGAUAGCAAUCCAUUCAGACAAGGAAUGUAUUAACGCGGUUUACGCAACAGCUUAUCGGAUAAUUGUGAUUGUUCGCCAACGAAAUAUCACACACGCUAGUUUCGCGUCACGAUAUGAAUAUCGCGAGAUAGUCUUCGAGACAGGCUUCCAAGUCAAGGAUAAUACUGUUGCAUUAGGACGAUCGCAACACGCUCGUUCCCUUUCGGUGAUUUAUCAAGUGCAUCGACGCGGCGCGGACUCCCCGUCGUCGUCGUCGUCGUCGUCUUGUGAAUUAUGAAUUAUCGAAAGAGACCGUCGUGUCGACUUCCAGAACGAUUAUUUCAAUAUUUUAGAGGUCUAUCUUAUGAAAGAGUACCAUCGCGAAGUUCUAUGCCUGGCCAUGUUCAAUGUCGGUCUUCGGGAUCAUUCAGAGAGUGGUAGUGUUAAAAGAUCUUUAUCGAUCGUAUUCGUGUUUUAGGUUUGAGAGAAGCAAUUCUUCUUCGGUUAACAUGAAAUCAGAGCAAUUACUAUGUCGAAAUUUGUGAAGUAACCGUGAUUGAUAUUUAACACAGUUCUGUGGUUUCUAAACACUUACAGUUUUAUCGAAUUAUCUUAUUAAAUGAUUCAUUAUUGGACUCUUCAUAAAAGAUAAUCUUUUAAAAAAUUCUUCCUUCUUCUUCAAAGAUCCUGAUAGAAUUUAUAUAGUAUUAUUCAUCUUUUAUUAAAAACUUAUUAGCAAUUUUAGAUUUUAUAAGAUAACGACAGAUCGGCGUUUAACGCGUUGUAAACGAGGAGGGUAGAACACGAACAGGCAAACAAAAUUCAUAUAAACAAAUUCUGUAACAUAUCUAGAAGAUAAAGCAAUAUAAGGAACAGAAAAUCGUCACCUGUGACCGUAAGGCACAGGAGUGAAACAAUACAAUGUUUGUACAAAGUCAGAGACAGAAGUGAUGCAAUAAUGGAAAAAAAAUUCGCGAGAGGAGAGGCAUCGGUGUCGAUAAUAAUCCGAAAGGAGGAGAUCCAUGGGGAUUCAUGGACGAGGCUGAGAACAGAAACAACACGACCGCUACGGAGGCUUUCCCUCAGCAAGGACCUUCGCACGGUUCGUUGCCAAAGAGAUUGGCAGAAUCCUUGGUUUUUAUCCGUUUCGUUCGCGUUUCAUUUGCUGAACUGAAGAACACAUAUCACUAAUUAAGUAACUCGAGUUAUUAACUGUUGAGGCUUUCAUGUAGGUAAUUGUAUAGAUAGGGUGUAUGGUAAACGAGAGAGGAGGCAAGCUCUCCUAUAGCCGUAAUGUAUUACGAUAUCGACGAAGUACGUUGUGACCAUUAAACCGUAAUAACUUAUCAUUAUAUUAUUUCAUAUCUAUCUACCGUCGCCGAUAGUCAAGUGAUUAUUUUAUUAGCGAUCUGAAUUCGAGUUUCUCGGGGGCAGAGCGUUCGCGUAGAUGUACUCAGGAUGGCUCGGUUUUUAUUACGUAGUUCAAUGAUUUCGACUUAGCAAGUGUCGGUAUGCUAAAUUCACCGUUCGCUGAUUAAUCGUCAAACGGGACAGAAAUUUUAUACAGUUUGAUAUUUCUAAUUUACAAUUAAACGAGGAUCGAUGAGACUUGAUUAGUUAGCUGAGUUAGCACUCUUUUAGUAAUUUUGACAAGGGAUACUGAUAGGGCAAUACUGAUCACGUUUCGAGAUAUAGUACGUACAUUAACUGCUACAUAUCUGUAUUUUCAUGAGCUUAUUUUUGUAUGUAGAGACACUUCCGUUCGAAUCUCGUUCGUUUGAUUCGCUGUGGAUAAUCGGACAGUAUUUAACUGAUACGUAAACUUAUACAUAUGCAUUCCUAUACAUACUAUGUAUAUAAAUAUGUAACGCGUAUACUAACUAUUAUUAUGCGCCAGCGACCCGCACGUAAAGCUUUACGAGUCCUUUGAAAUUCUUUCGCGAACACGGCUGGUUAAAAUCAUUCGUUUUAUUCGCAACUACACACUAGGUUCACGCACAAUAAAUAUCAUUUCACCGACUCUGGACUUGCGCGUUAAUACAUGAAAUAUUAUAAUUUUUAUACAUGACAAUUAUUAAUACAUGAAGUAUUAUAAUUUAGUAACUCUGUCAAAAAAAAAAAAUAGGUCUCGUUCCUUAUGAGCGUUGAAUAUUAGUAAAUACGUAACAGAAGUAUUAUUUGUUGAAUCGUAAAUUUAUAUACAAAACUAAAUCUCUGUUUAUAAGAGAAUGGAAGAAACUUGUUUUACAUCGACAGCUGAUCACACAGUAACGCAACACCGCAACUUAUCGCGUUAAUCAUACUAAAUGAUGAAUCAGAAUACGAAACCUUGACAUAUCCAUUUUAUCCGGGUAAAUGACGUUUCGCAUACGUCAAACUAAAAGCAUCGAGUAGAACGUGAAAUCCAUUUGCUUCCGUUGUCACACGUCGCGACGCCCAAUUUUAGGCGCAAAAAAUUGAUCGCAACUCGCGAAAUGUAUCCGCACAUCAAAAUCACGCAGUGAAAUAGAAACGACUAGCUAGUAGAGAGGGGGGGGGGUUGGAUCGUGUUUUGAGAGACUCGUCAAAUUUUACGCACGCGUCCAAAGCAUGUUCGUACCUACUCGUCAAUACUCAGAGACGUCGCAAGGAGAAUAGAAAGGAAAAAAGAGAGGAACGAUGUAAUCGGAAAACGGUGUACGAAAAAGUUCGACUCUUUCAGCCGAUAUUUAGGGUCACCGGUGUUCGACUAAUUCAAGGACUCGGUGCGGUAAUGUGAGCUUCGGGGUGGCGCGUCAGUUGUACUUAGCGCUUCGCUGAAGAAUCUUCGCAUCGCGUCGCGUCCUUCGAAAUCGUCGUCAUAAUAAGCGCUUUGAGUUAACAGUGCCUGAACUUUCAAAUUUUUACCCCGUUCUCCCGUUGUCGUGAAAAUUCGUAAUUCGCAGACUGUACCUAUACUCCCGACCUCGUGAAAUCUAUGUACCCGAGUCUAAGUAACGUAGAGAUUCUAGGUAGGUACACUAAUUACGUAUGUAAGCGUGUUCGAUUAGAGUAGACGAGCGCAGUUUUCAUUCUUUCGUUCAUAGGCGAAAAUUCAAUGUCGUGAUAAAAAGAUGUUUAUACUAUAUAUAGGUGUACGUAUGCGGACUGAGUAAGAUGUUUGGAUCAAAUUGGAAGUAGAAGUUCAUGUAGAGAGAAGUUGAAACUGUUCUACUGUUCUUUUGCUAGGCUAUUGUAUAUUUUCGUCUCGCAAAAAAUUAAAUAGAUUCAUAAUCUCAGACCAAUGAAAAUCAUCGGUUUUAGAAUUCAUACAUUGUCUCGACGUUGCUUUUGCAAUUCUUUUUCUGCACGGUAGUAAUCUUUCUCGAACGGAGCGCAAGACACACAUGACUCGCUCCAAUUGUCUACCACACCCUGUAUUUGCAGUUCCGUUUCUAUGAGCUGGCCUCUAUUAAUAACGUCUUAAGGUAACGAUUGGUAACGAAAAUAAAACAAAAACAACGCGACACUUGCCGAUAGUUAUCGAUGAAUGAGGAUCGUCGCGAAAAUAUGUGCACCGUGAUUUAGCUUAUUGUUAGUCAAUUAUACUUGGAGGAAGUUAUUGAUUACUUCGCCGUAGUUUAUUAAAAUAAUUUAACUGCUAUACAGUUUUCUAUAGUAAUAUGUAUAUACGAUACGUUGCAACUAUUUAAAAUUCUUAAAAGCCGGAACAAUAGGAUCUAUCAAAGAAGUAUCGUACUUUAUGUUUUCUACGUAUCGUUCUAUUCUACAUUGUUAAAACUUGUUAGUAUGCUGCGUAACAAGUUGAUCAUAUAUUAUCCCUAUUCAAGGAAAUAUUUUCUGAUUAUCAUUUUUGUUAAGUUUUAAUAUUUUAAUAUACAGAGUACUUCAUUGAAGUAGCCAGUUGUUGAUUGCAGAUUAGAGCAUCUUCUAUCACUAUACAACGAAUUUCUUUUUCGGUUCGACUGACACGGUUCAUGAUCAUAAUUCAUAUCGGAGAGAUUUUAAUGCUUGACGAGGUAAUUUAUAUUAUAUUGUAUCAUAGCAAAGUUAAAUAAUAUCUAUCAUGUACGUAUCGAGCAUAUAACGUAUACAGGAUAUUUUCAAUCUGACGAUACGAUAGGAUAGAACGUGAUAUCGCAGGUAAAAGUAAAUUAAAAAUAUCGAAUAUCAUUUUUUCACAUCAGGUUUCGUUAUUCUACUCUUUUAAUUUGCUUUUACACGAUGCGUUGCUUCUCCGUUGAACGAGCUUGGGAAUAUUCUGUAUACAACAUAUAAUAAAGUAUCUAAAAUACGUAAAUGAAGCUUCUUUAUGUAUGAUUCUAUAUACAUGAAGAGUAUUAGAGAUGGGAAUUCUUUCCUGUUUCUCCUCGAUGCGAGUUCGCACCGUUGGGAGCAAACGAUAGCUAUCGGGCAACGCGUUGUAUGUAUUUACUUAUAUGGCAAGUUGUAUCACAGAAUAUUAUACUAUACAUAUGCGUAAUAAAAGUAUAAAAGUAUACAUACAUAUGAAUAUAAUAGACAUGAGUAUUAACGUAUAACACGCACGUACACAUAGCUUCUUUUAUCUCUUGUAAAUACGUUAUACGGUAUGUGCGCGAAUACAUAUAUAUAUAUAUGUAUAUUUAAAAAGAGAAAAGAAAAAAAGAAAUAAUAUACAUAUAGUGAUCUUUCUCUUUUUUUCCGUACGAGGGACCUGCGUAUAUAUGACAUAUCUCGCCUAUAUGUAUUAUAUUGUUUGUGUGAGGUUGUAGCAUGAACGCGAGCGAUUUAAACGCGAAACGUGUGAGGAAUAUGCGAUAAAAGGUAAGGAAAUAAAUAAAACGGUGUGUUCGUGAUUUAGAAAUGUCGAACGUUUAGAUUGCUCGCGAUAUUUUUGUCAAUUUUGUCUGUUUAUUAGCCCCUUUUAUUGUGCGAGGAGAGAUUAACACAUUAAGAAAACCACGUACACGCUUUAACGACGAAUUAAGAGCGUCUUGCCGCGAAGCUCAGAUUGAUGCAAAAUUAAUAGGAGUUUCUAUCUUCAGGUCUGAGAAAUUCGAAGAAAUAACGUUCAUCAUGGUGCCAAUUGUCUGUUGUAUUUUCCAUACUUUGAUAGAAUGAUUUCAUCAAUAACCGGAUGACAAUUCCUAACUUGGGAUUAAAAAGUUAUUUAUAUCCCUAUAGAAUUCCUAGGUCGCAGGUUGCAAUAUUUACGUACUGAUUAGUUAAGGAAGGAAAUAAUUAGGAUAUGCGAGAGGACACAAUUGUUCGAUUUUUGCCUAAUUCUUUAUUAUGUCGAACAAUUAACAAGAUUUACUUACACUUUCUGAAUAUAAUAUAGUGCGACGAAUUAAUGUAUUUUGCUCAAAAUUGUUUUAUCGAAACCUCGCUCCUUGUCACAUUCAAUGACGUAAGCACAGAAAGCACAGUAUUAUGUCUAUUUGAGAAAACUUCUAUUAUACUUGCGUCAGUCUGAUGUCUACGAAUUGCCGAGAUAAUUAUUUACCCUUCCAUGAAAUGCACGGUGAUGCAAAAUACAUUGACGGCCGCACUUGGAAAUUGUUUAAACCAACCGACACCGAAACCGGAAACGUAGCAAUUGCACUCGCACUUCCUGCGCGCAUACUUCAGUAUGCAAAGAUGCACGUGCGCCUAUACUGAGGAUUAUACAUAUGUACACAACAUACAUGCAUACACGCAAACGAAUCACUGGCGUAUUGGCACGCGAGUAUGACGAGGUAGUUACGUGAGACAAAACGAAGGUACUUACUACACACGACGGCGACGAUGGUGGCACACACAUAACCAGCACACAAUGCAUAUGUACCAUGUACGUAUGUAUAUUCAAAGAAAUCGAGUACCGAUGCUGUGUAUGUAUUUGAAAUCUAUGAUACUGUAAUGUUGUUGAACCGGUUAUUAAAGAUGUCAUUGUUACCGAAGAAUACCAUGAGUUAUGCUCUUUAACACAUCAAUGACCAUGUCGUAUCAAUUGAUUUCGCAAUCAGUCCAAUGAUUUGUUAUGUUCAUACAUUGUCGAGUACAUUACGGUUAAUUUGUGAGAGCAGUUGUUAAUCGAUUGAAUAAAAAAAAGAAUUAACGAAA